AUGGAUUGGGAUGCGGAAGUCUUAACAAAGGAGGAGCAAGACCCCAGUGAGGAGAAGCCAUAUGCCAGUGCAUUAGGCUUCAUCGGAUUUGUCCACUUCGCGACUUCCAACUCAUCUCAGUCAAAUACUGGCAAACCUGAAUUGAAAGACCCCAGUAUGAUUUCGAGCGGAGAGCCACCAGCAGUUACCACAUCUAUUUUCUGCGACCCCCCAAAGAUUUCUCGCCCCCUCAACUGGGUUAAUAUACCUAUUGUGCUACCAACAUUUCGAGCUCGGUGCCCGAACAAUCUGUUCACUGGACUCUACGAUGAAACCAUAAACUUCCACCAAUAUAUAAACCUAAUGGAAUCAAAGCAGCAGUCUACUUCGAUGACAGCCCCGCCAAAUUGUCCCAAACCACACUCCGGCCAAAGUGACCCAAGCCAAACCCCGGCCAGAACCUGGAGAAUUUUUGGAUAG